UCCAGAAUUCCUUUUUCUUGGUAGUACCUUCGCCAUAAAAUUCCCAGAAAAAGUUAUAUGAUUCUUGUUUAAUAGGUCACAAAUAGUUAUCACAACAUUGUUGAUGCCAUUCUAUCCACUAUUAAGAGAGAAAUCAUGCAAAAAUCGCUAUCCGAGACUUUUGGGUUUCGGUCGUACUACAUUUACCGCUUGCCGUAAAAUUGAGUGACGGAAGGGCGGAAGUGGGUAGAGAGAAAACUUAUGGCUUUUAAAUACGAACUAUUAAACUGUUGUAUUUUGACGUAUAUUUGGAUGUGUCCAGCUGAAGUUUGAAGUGCCAACAGCUUAGCAGUAUGGAGUCUAAUCCAACCCCUGAACAGUUUAAACUUUUAUACCAGAACCCACCACAAGACCCAGCCAGGCAUGGGGACAUUGGGGCUCAGUCAGGUCAUCUGAGGUCCAGUGACAGUGGACAAUUUUGCAUCAGCAGUUCACCAACUCCACCAGAAAUAGGAUGGAACAUUGCGGGAACUGACCAAAAGUCUUCUUCUUGGGGACAGAGGAGUGUAUCCCCUUGCUUCAAUCAAAUUAAUCCGUUUCAAGAUAAUUUUGAUCCUAAUGAUGUGCCAUCAGGUGCAUUAAGAAGUUCAGAAAUUUGCAGUACUUCACAGGACACUAAACCUUUGGCUGUUGUUUUAUCACAGGAAUCAUUAGACACCUCACCAUUGGUAAUUCUAUCACCUGAAAAUAUUCCUCAGCGAAACAUGGACACUAAACCUCAGCACAUGACUUAUAGUAAGGAUCUUGAAGGACUCGAUUUUGCAGCUUGCCACUCAGAUUUAGGCAGUGAUAAACGUCUUAACUCCUCAACUGAGGAGAUGUCCAAACAGAAGUCGAUAUACCCAGAUUAUAGCCAUGUGUUUAGUGACAUUCAAAGGGAACACAAUGUUUCCCACAUGAAUCCAUGUUACAGUAGGACCCCCCUUCAAGUACAAACUGGAUCCUCCAAUGUUAACUAUGGGUGGAAUAUGUCAUAUCUAGCAGGAAAUUCUGUGGAAAAAGUGAAUACAUCAUCGUCAGGGAUGAAUUCAUUGUUUCAAAAUAAGAGCCAUCAAUCUAAUUUUCAGUCCACAUUUAGGUCAAAUUGGUCCUACCAUAGUUCACAUCCUACCUACAGUGCUUGGGGAUAUGGUCAAAAUUUUAACACGCCAACAGUAAUACCACCAGGAUCUCUGUCACAAGUCUCUUAUAUCGGUGACUUUGACACAUUACGUGAAUCUAAAGAAGAUCUAGAGGAAGAGAGCUCUGAUAUAUUUCAUGAUGAUUUCACUCCAGAAAGAGACUUUGUAGAAGAGAAAAAGGCUCGUUCUAGAACUUCCAGUAACUUAAUAGAAUUUGAAGAGCCAGAAGAAAAGGAGUAUAUGUCUCUGGAUUUGUUUGAUCCACUUUAUUCGAAAACCCGUAGAGAGUCUAUCAUUUUCAGAAAAAAUUCCACUUCUGGGGAAAAUGAUAGGCGUCAAAGUACAGCAAAUGCUUUGGAUUUUUCUGAAUUAGAAAGACCAAAGUCAGGACUGUACCCCCAAAUUGAGGAUGAAAUGAAAGAUUCUGAUAGCUUACAGGAAUGUUUAAAUAGAGCUGACCAGAGUCAUAUGUCUAGUGCCGAUGCAUUGGAACAGUUUUUUAGAUCUAGCUAUAUCAUGGAGGAAACAAAACCUGACAUUCCUGAUCGACCUUCAGCACUACCACAAAGGAGUUUUAUUCCUGGGGUUGAAUAUGAAAAACUACAUAAGAGAGUGUUUGUUGAUGAAGAAUCGGAGACAUUUAUUCAGAUGGUGACCAGAUUGAAAUUGAAGUUUAGAUCUACAGAUACCACUGUGAAUAGGGGAUAUGUUGUCAGUGCCCUUUGUGAGAAACAGCAGCCAUCUUUGUCUGUGAAGGUUACUAUUUACUCCGAUUACUCUGUGGAUCCUGUCAUAUUUACCUGUGAUGUUCACAGCAAUAUAGAACAUCUUGUUGGUAAUGUGCUGUACAACCAUCUGCAAGCAGAGGACUAUAGUGCAGAGGACUUCAUCCUAAAAGUAUAUGACAAGUCAGAAUAUUUACUCAAUGAGCAUCGACUUUCGGAGUAUGAAUAUGUUCACAAUUGUCUGAAGCUGGAUGAGGACAUAAAAUUGAUCAUGCAGCGAAAAGAAGAUAUUCCUCUUUUCUUUCUGAAAACAACAGAUGAUGAUGAUCAGUUUCUGGUGUUUCCUAAAGAUUAUAUGUCUGCAGCAGAAGGCAUUGUAACACAAGCAGAACUGGAGACUCUUAUGGACGCUUUAAGUAGAGAAGUAGAAAGUCUCACGGAUAGUAUAUUGAAGAAUAUGAAAGAACAUGUUCACACAAGGGGAUUAAGAGAAUCUGUGAAAGCCAUCUGUACAAUAUUGGCUAAUAUCCAGAAUAUCGAUCUGACCAGAUCUCUGAAAAGAGCAGAAGACAUAGUGCAGCAAAUGUUGGAAAAUCAGAAACAACAACAUGAAAGUUCAAUUUUCAAAGGAACACAAGAAGCCAUCAGCAUUGCCACGCACUCCUCACUGGUACAGGAGAUACAAGAAGUAUUAGAACAGCUAAUGAAGGCAGUCUACCAGCUUAUCAAGAUGUACUGUACAGCUUUCCACACAGACUUCAUGUUGGGAUCACCAGUCAAAAAGAAUUGGAGUGAAAAAUAUGUGACAAAAGUGGAAGAUGACUUCAUUCUUCACAUAUCUACUGCACACAGAAUACCUACAGAAUGGAUUCAAAAAUAUGAUGAAUACAAAGUUGUGUGUUCACUCCAUCAUGGCAGCAGGAAGAUUGGAAAAGAUGUUGUGUCACAAGCAACUUGCAACCAAAACCACCUCGGCUUGAUCUGGGACCAAUGGUUGAGUUUCAAGGAUAUUUCUGUCAGGAAUUUACCUAGAGAAACACGGCUCUGUGUGACGCUGUGUGGUAGAAAGGGGAUGCAGAAUACCCAACAUAAUGAAGGUGGUAGGGUUUUGGUGGCACUUGGAGGGGUUACUAUGCAGCUAUACAACCAGAAAGGGUACUUAAUACAAGGCAGCCAGCUGGUUCCCUUGAAGAUGGAUAUGACUGCAGACCCCUUUAGUCCUUACUGUUCUGUACUUGGGAAAGACACUGUACUGUUGCAAAUAAAUCUGCCAGAUUUUGGAGAAGACAUUGUAUUUCCAGAUGUUCUUCCAAUCAGUGUCAAUCAAAAGAAAAGUUUUGAUCAGCUUUUGCCUGGAAUUCAAGAUAUUGUGCAAGGAGUGUUGGAAAAAGACUGUAUUUCAUCAUGUCAAGCAGAUGAGUUGGAAAUUCUCUGGAGGUAUAGACACUAUCUGUAUGAGUAUCCUCAGUUGUUGCCAUGGAUAAUUCAGGGUGCCAAAGAUUGGGACUACUUGCAGCUAGCUGAGAUACACAGUUUGAUACAGGACUGGGCUGUGUUAGAACCCAUGCAGGCCUUAGAACUUCUUCUUCCACAGUUUGCAGAUAGCAGAGUGAGGGAAUUUGCAGUGAACUGUCUACAUAGAAUUAAUUCUGAUGAGCUUGUUUACUUUUUGCCUCAGCUUAUUCAGGCUCUGAAAUAUGAAAGUUACCAUGCUUCUCCACUUGCCUGGCUGCUGUUGGAACAAGCGAGUAAAAGUGUUCGAUUUGCUCAUCAGUUCUUUUGGUUACUGAAAGGCAUAGCAGUUCAGGACACCACCUACAAACGUCGAUAUGAGCUGAUGUUUGUGGCUUUGAUAAACGUUGCUGGUGACCCGCUGUAUCAGGAGUUUCGCAAACAGGAAGUAUUGCUCAAAAUAAUUACUAAAAUGGGAGAGAAAGUCCAAGUGGCAAGGGAUAAAGAGAGUACUCUGAGAAGAGAGUCUCAGCACUUACAAGAGUUCUUUCAGAAGAGAGGCAAUUGUUUGUUACCCUACGAUCCAGGUCUUUGUGUUACAGGAGUAGAUUUAAAGUCAUGCUCUUACUUCACAUCUAAUGCUGUGCCUUUAAAGUUGGUCUUUAAAAAUCCCAACAAAAGAGCAGAUCCAGUUUAUGUCAUGUUCAAGGUUGGAGAUGACCUGAGGCAAGACAUGCUGACAAUGCAGAUGAUUAAAAUAAUGGAUCGUGUUUGGCUAAAGGCUGGUUUAGACUUAAAAAUCAUUACUUUUGCUUGUUUAGCCACUGGACCGAAGAAGGGCAUGGUAGAACUGAUUACAGAAUCAGAAACUCUAAGAAAGAUCCAAGUACAGACAGGAGUGACAGGAUCUUUCAAGGACCGGCCAAUUAAAGAAUGGUUACAGGGUCAUAACCCUACAGAAUUAGAAUAUCAGAAGGCUGUUGAUAACUUUACAAGGUCCUGUGCUGGAUACUGUGUAGCUACUUACAUCUUGGGAGUGUGUGAUCGUCAUAAUGACAACAUUAUGUUAAAGCAAUCUGGUCAUAUGUUUCAUAUUGAUUUCAACAAGUUCUUAGGAGAUGCUCAAAUGUUUGGAAAUAUUAAAAGGGACCGAGUGCCUUUUGUAUUGACAUCUGACAUGGCAUAUGUUAUCAACAAUGGAGAAAAGCAGAGUGACAAGUUUCAGCUGUUUGUUGAUCUUUGUUGUCAGGCUUUCAACAUUCUCAGGAAAAAUUCCAACCUCUUCCUCAACUUGUUUGCACUGAACGUCGAUGUUGCACGAUUAUAUUUUUUUCCUGUACCAAAGUUGGAUGCUGAGACAGAAAAGAAAGUAAACAACGCGCAUGCUCCAAAAUUGUCAAGGUCUGGGAUUCCAGGUGUGUCAGAAGAAGCAGCUCGCUACAUACAGAGGGCACUGUUGCCUGGCUAUACGGAAGCACAGGCAGCAGCAAUGUUCACAAGAAUGAUCGAAGACAGUUUGCGAUCUGUAUUCACUCAGUUCAACUUCUUCAUCCACAAUCUGGGCCAGAUGAAGUUUUCCAGCCAUCAAGAGGGUGCUUUACUGUCCUUUGUUUCAAAAACAUACAGCUUAAACACAGAUGGGAAAAUCAGCAGUGUGGCAGUUCACAGCUACCAGAAACGCUAUCAGCCUGACAAACACUAUAUCUUUAUUUUCAAAGUGGAGAGGGUUAACCAGAAAGUUCCUAUGUAUAUCUUUCGCCAUUUCUCGGAAUUCCUCGAGUUCAGAAACAAAAUUGUGGAUCUGUUUCCCCUUACAUCAUGGCCACCACCCACUAGCAAAUUUCAGGUGGGACGAUCACAUGUAAAAACCGUUGCAGAGACCAGAAAGUUGGAGAUGGAAAGGUUUCUUCAAGAACUGUGGAGAAAAGCACCAGAAGUUUGUGAGAGUGACGUUGUGUAUACAUUUUUUCACCCUCUGUUGAGAGAUGAACAGGAGGCACAGAAAACCAGUCUGAAUGUAAACAAACUGAGAGCUAACCAAGUUGAACUGGUACGUCGGCCAUCGCAGUUUGGAAUGGUGAAGCUUUCCAUUCAUCACAGGAAAGACAUCUUGCACAUUAUGAUAAUGCAUGCUAAAGAUUUGCCUGUCAUCACAGAACUGCCAAGUCCUUAUGUGAAAGUAUAUCUACUACCUGAUCCAGAGAAACAAUCCAAGAGAAAAACCAAAAUCUUCAAACAUUCCACACAUCCAACCUACAAUGAAGUGAUUGAAUAUAAAAUGAGUUUGGAUGAAAUGAGACAGAAAACUUUACAAGUCAGUGUCUGGGACCAUGAUGUUUUGAAGGAAAACAACCUUCUUGGUGCUGUGUAUAUCAAAUUGCAUAACGUGGAUGUUUCUAAAGAAAUCCCAAAGUGGUACAAUUUGGAGAAAAUUCAGAUAACGAAUUCCAGUAUUACAUAGCAUGUACUUCCAUUUCUGUUAUUUCAUGAAACAGUUUUUUGUCUGUUUGAUUUUAAAAUUGUACAGUCUACAUUUAUCUGUGUGCAAGCAAUAACAAAUUUUGAUGAAAUUCAAUGCCUUAUAUUUGUGUGUUAUCUGACAUUCAACAAUUGUUCUCGGAACGUUAAAGGUUCCGGAUUUCGAAAACUUCAAUUUAUUGUUUGUGAAUGUUAGUAUGGAGAAGGUACGCUUAGCAUAUAAAUUUGGCCAAGUAAAAUCAAGAAAAGUAGAAGAUGACACAGAUACAAGACGCAACGUUAAAUCUUACACUCGCAAAACAUGUCAACUUUGCUACUUCAUAUCACAAAAAAUAUACGUGAUACAUGGAUAUAAUUACUCUACAUGUAUAUAGAAAGAACACACCCUAUAUACUAUUUGGGCAUAAGAUUACCAACUUCUGAAAAUAGGCCAAAAUUGACCCUUAGUGUACCUUUUUACUCUUUUAUUAUGAAUGUUUCUUCAGCUAUUGUACCCAAAAAGUUAAAUAUGGUCAUAAUUUGGGUUCUGUAGUAAUAACUCCGCUGUCAAGAAAGUUUCUUUAGCUAAGGUGCCCAGAACGUUAAAUAUUACCAUAAUAUUGGGGGUACCUGUAAAGUGCGAAACGAAACGAAAUCUACCGAAACUAAACGAAAUCUACCGAAACGAAACGAAACCCACCGAAACGAAACCUAACGAAACGAAACAGAUUGUAUGAUCGAACUCUUUUAAUUAUAAUAAUUGAAAAUGGUAUCUUAGGCCCCUGUUAAAGUUUACACAUAUAAAUAAAAUUCGCCUCCCCUUUGAUGUAGGCUUUCGGCUUGACUGAUACAAAGUUUUAAGAGUUGGAAAGGGGGGGAGGGGGGGUAAGCACAAAGUACAUAAAUACCAUGUGCAAUUAGCUUCGGAUCCAUAAAUUUCAGAACGGAAGGUUACAAUCUCACAGGUCAGAGGUCUGGGGAAACACACUAAACGAGGGAUGGGGUCGUCGGCGUUGAAUCCGAUUUUGGGCAUAAAUACAUGUUUCAGUAUUUUUUGCUCUAAAGACAAAUAUAUGUAUACAUGUGGAUAUUGUGUAUUUGUAUGUAGUAUAUCAAACGGUGGAUUCUGAAUAUGUCCUCCCGUUCUCUUUGUGAUUUCUGCUUAAAAUCCCCUUGUUCAUAAGCCUUUUCAGUUUACAAAAUGCCGACCUCCUCCUAAUAUUAUUGCAUUAAAAAAAAAUUCGUUUUCCGUCCCGUUUUCAAUUCCCCGUCUUAGCAACAUCCCAAAUGUAUAGAGUUUUUCCAUUAUUGAAAGUACUCGCACCUCAGCAGUUAGAGAUAAAAUAAGAGGUUAAGAGCUCUUCCUACUUUCUAUUUUCUCAGACACCAGCUUCUUCAAACAAUGUAUCUAUGCCCAAAGGCGGAUCCAACGUCGGUGACCCCACCCUUCGUAUAGUGUGUUUCCCCAGAUCUCCGAGACUGUAACUCUCGGUUCUGAAAUGUAUGGAUCCGAAACUAAUUGUACAUGGCAUUUAAUCAACUACGGAUAUGUACUUUGUCCUUACUCCCCCCUUUCCAACUUUUAAAACUUUGUAACAGUCAAGCCGAAAGCCUACAUCAAAGGGGAGGCGAAUUUUAUUUAUAUGUGGUAACUUUCACAGGGGCCUAAGAUACCAUUUUUAAUUAUUAUAAUUAAAAGAGUUCGGUUAUACAAUCUGUUUCGUUUCGGUGGGUUUCGUUUCGUUUCGGUAGAUUUCGUUUCGUUUCGGUAGAUUUCGUUUCGUUUCGAUUUCGUUUCGCACUUUACAGGUACCCUAAUAUUGGUUCUUGGUUGCCAAAACCUAGAAUUAUAUUGUCAUCAAAGGGUAAUGUUGUUACUAACAUUUGCCAUUAACCAUACACUUUCCAUUAACUUUGAGGAAUAUAUCUUUUAUAUGAAAAGGGAAGAUAACGAACAUAGAUCAAUCUCAUAACCCCCAUAAGCAAUACAAAAUAGAGAAUUGGGCAAACACGGACCCCUGGAUAUACCAGACGUGGGAUCAGGUGUCUAGGAGGAGUAAGCAUCCCCUGUCAAUUAUAGAUAUCUUUUUGCGGUACAGAUAUAUUUCUAAGGGCUAUCUAAGAUAUUUCUCUAGCUUUAAAAUAUAUUUCUUUAAGUUAAAAAUGGUAAACGGCUUCCCAUACACAUGUAAGUCGCAUGUAAACGGGUGUUGCUAAAACGGAACAGAAUUUAAGAAUAAGAAUGAUUAAUGUAGCUAAGAUAACACCAAAAUAUCGGAAGAAAAACUUUAUUAUGAUUAAAAUUUAAAUUGUGGGAAUUUAUUUACAAGCGAUAAAACAAUUUUAUCUUAAAAAUUCUGCAUCAUGUUAAACGUCUGUAUAAGAAUUUACAUUUAGCGUUUUGCAAGAAUUUUGAAAUAUCGACAUUGACAGAUAUGUUAGCGAGCAGCGACACCUAUGGGUAGAGAAUGGAAAGAACACACUUUAUACCCUCCCCCCCCCCCCCCCCCCCCCCCCCCCCCCCCCCCCCCCCCCCCCCCCCCCCGGUGGCAAAACGUCAUUAACACACAUUUACAUGUAAAUUUACACAUAACACAGUGUACAUGUGUACCUACAACAGGGAGUGUUGUAUGUAUAUAACAACGACAAUUUAUGAUCUUAUUAAAUCAGCAAAUUAAACAGCUUGUGUUAUAUAUGUUAUUAUUUAAGUAACAGAGACUUUGUGACCACAGCACUCCAAUCCCAAAUAGGGAGGACUUUUAGUAGUUUAUUUUUAAACUAAAUACUUGUAUUUAGUUUAGCCACAUCAAAUCGAUUCUCUGGUUCUCAGACAAUUGUUUUCAAAAAAAUGGGUGGGUAGGUAGGUAGGUAGGUAGGGGGUUUAGUUUUUCAGUUUAUCUCCAUGUCACAAAUGGGUAGGGAUUUUUUGUCCGUGGUUUUUUUUUUUUUUUUGUGUUGUGAAGAAAGUUAGAGAUUUACAAAUGGUAUUCAACACCGUAUAGCUUCUUUUCAUUCUGUUUCUUGUCUUGUUUUAUAUGUAUGUCAUGCUUUUAUAUUGUAGAUCUUUAUGCAAAUAAAGUGAAUACAAAAUAGUAUGUAUAUAGUACUUCAA